AUGGCAGCUCCAUACGCAUCAGCUGAAGAAAUCGACAAGUUGGUCGAGAAUGUAAAUGUAGCAAGCAAAGCUUUCAAAGCCGAGAGUGGACGAGGAACAGAGGAUGCGAGACGAAAGUUGCAAGUUGAAGCUACGAAAUUACUUUACUCUUUGCAAGAACCAAAUACUGAAGUUUGGCCUCGAAUCUUCCAGGUAAACCAAAGUGCAGCGAUCGAAGUCAUAACCCAGAUGGGACUAUGGAGCAAGUUCGAAGACGGAAAAAUACUCCUCCUCAAAGACAUCAUCUCCACCACCGGUGCCGACGAAGUCAUGAUAAUUCGAAUCUUCCGCCAACUCGUCGCCGCAAACGUCCUCUCCGACGUCCCCGGCCCAGGUUACAAAAUUACCCCCCUGGGAGCCCCCUACCUAAAUCCCGACCACGCCGCCUUCUCCUCCUUCGUCUUCACCGAAAUCCUUCCUUCCAUCCUCUCCCUCCCCCGCAACCUCUCUACCCGCAACUACAAAGCACCAUCCAAAGACUCCGGAUCACCCUAUAAAUGGGCCAACGGCGAGGAACUAUGGACAUACCUCGGUUCACACCCCGAACGAGCUCUAAACAUGGUGAACGGGAUGCGUUCCCUUCAUACCGGGUCCCUGGAAACGAACGCUUAUCCGUUCGCGGAGGAGUUGGCGAAGAUGGAUAUCAAAGAUGGGGAGGUAGCUAUUGUUGAUGUGGCGGGUGGACAGGGACAUAUCAUGGCUGAAGUACGGAGAACUUGCCCUGAGAUCAAAGGGAAGUUUAUAGUCCAAGAUCUCGCAUCGACGUUCGAAGCCGUCGCUGCUCCACCGGAAGGAAUCGAGUACAUGGCUUACGAUAUGUUUACGCCUCAACCGGUGAAAGGCGCGCAUGUGUAUCAUUACCGCCAUAUUUUUCACGACUGGAGUGAUGGAGAUUGCAGUUCGUUUCUGCAGCAGCUUGUUCCGUUGCUGAAAGAGCAGCCGGGGAGUAAGUUGUUGUUGGUGGAUCUGGUGUUGCCGAAUACGGAUGUGAGCAUGCAAGAAUGUGUGCGGGAUCUCUCGAUGUUUCCUAUUGGGGGUCUAGAGAGGAAUGAGGGGCAAUGGAGAGAGUUGUUGGAGAAGAAUAGGUUGAAGAUUAAGAAGAUUUGGAGGGGAACGGAGCCGGAGGCUUGUGUUGAGUGUGAGGUCUUGUAAGAAUCUUGGGCGAGUGUCUGAGUAAGAUGAUGAGGCUUGGAACAUAUUUUUGUUUCC